AUGGCCUCCAAGAUUUUACUUCUCGUUUCGCUUUUUCUGACAUUUGCGUUCUCGGUUGUUGGGUGGUCGGUUGUGAUCAAUGCUCUAGUGAAGUCUAACCAAGAAAGUUCAUAUGUUAAGAGCGAGGCCCCUGUUGGCACCAUCGUGGAUAUUAACUAUCACGACAUCUACUCGGUUUGCUCUGUCAUCGCGGCGGCCUGCGCACUUUUGACAGCCCUCUCCCUCAUCUCAGCUUUCUCCCAAAUUUCAUCAAUUGGAAGACAACAACGCCUUUUGCGCCUCCAAGCCUUUCUCAUGUUGUUUGGCGCCCUGUGGCUUUUGGCUACUGUCAUCGCGUGUGAUGUUCUCUUCGCCACUCGGUCAACCAAAAUCACAGCAACUUUCGAUGGAGUCGCACUAUCCCAAAGCGUGAUUCAGCAAUUUGAGCAGAAUAUCGGUGUCUCACCUGAAUAUAGUCAGAAAUGGUACCUGCGACUCUGUGCGAUCCUUCCCUGGUUCGCGGUCCUUUUCGCAACACUCAGCGGAUUGUUACUUCAUAAGGCUGCUAGGAACACCGAUGGCUAUACGAACACGGAGGUAACAGAAUCGAAGAAGAUUGCACCAACGACUGACGAGCCACAAGCUUGA